AAAAAAUAGGAGGGGCCAGUAAAUAGUGUGCAGUGGUUUGCGAAAGGGAAAGGGAUAGCACAAGGCGGUAGUAACGGGCACGGAAUUCCCCAAUCCGUUGUGAGUGAUGUCUUUCUAGUAUCGGAAUUGGUUAACCACACUGGCCACACUUAUCAUGGCUACACCGAUAAAAUGACAAGAGUUAUAUUUAUUCCUAAAAAUGGAACAGUUCAGACAGGUCAUGUGUUCUGACAGCUCAGAAAACAUCCGGAAGAGACAGCAGACAGCUCGCCAAUGUAAAGUUCGUCAACUAGCCGGCUAGCUCAACAUGUGUUAGCUUAACAUCGGCUCACGACUUUUCCUAAAGCAAGUCGUCGUGGAGAGGGUCGGUAAGCGACGUGAGGAAGUCGUGAGUUUGGCGUAGGCUAACUUCUAUGGACAGUUUUCGGUUGUCGGGAGCAUGGAAUGCUCUACCUUUUCUGAAUAUUCGUGGCUGGAUUUCCUCUUCACGGUAAUUGGCGUUUUCACGUUCAUUUUCGAUAUUGGAUCCGACCUGUGGGUCGCCCAGGAGUUCUUCUUGCGCGGGGACUUCUUCUGGUUCGGAGUGCUGGUCAGCUUCAUGGUUCUCUCCUCAGUCGUGGUCCAGAUGUUUAGCUGGUUCUGGUUUAGCUACGACCGCGAGCUUGAGGGCUACGAGGAGCAGACAACUUCCAAAAACGUACUUCUGGCCGAUGAGAAACAUUUCAAACUGUACUGCUGGCUGCACGUUCUUCAGCUGGGAUUCUUUUUCAGGCACGUCUCGGCCAUCAGGCAGGGGUUCCAGGUGUGGUGGCGGGGGAAGCAGGGCUCGGAGUACGCGGUGUACAUGACCCACGACCUGAGCAUGCUGCGGCUGAUCGAGACCUUCUGCGAGAGCGCCCCCCAGCUGACGCUCAUGCUCUACAUCAUGCUGCGCACCAACCGAGUGCGCGUCGUGCAGUAUGUGAGCGUGGUGGCCUCCACCUCCUCCGUGGCCUGGAUGUUGGUGGACUACCACCGGUCCCUUCGCUCCUUCCUCCCGGACAAGGCCCAGCAGGGCUGGGGCUCCUCCACCGUCUACUUCCUGUGGAACCUGCUGCUGAUCGCCCCGCGCGUGGUGUCCCUGGCGCUCUUCGCCUCCGUCCUGCCGGCCUACGUGGCGCUGCACUUCCUGCUCCACUGGGGGGCGCUCUUCCUGUGGGCCUGGCGGCAGCGCACCAGCUUCAUGGACAGCGCGGCGGGGGAGUGGCUCUACCGCGCCACCGUGGGCCUCAUCUGGUACUUCAGCUGGUUCAACGUGACCGACGGCAGCACCAGGGCCCGCGCCGCCAUCUACCACGCCUUCAUGGCGGCCGACGGCGGGAUCCUGCUGGCCACCUGGUGGGCGUACAGGGACCCCGCGGAGACGCAGCGCUACGCCCCGGGCCUGGCGGCGGGCGUGCCGCUCUGCUACGCGGCGGGGCUGCUGCUCAAAGGCCUGUACUACACCUGCUUCCACCCCCGGCUGCUCGGCCCCGCCCCUCAGGCCGGGGAGGACGUGCUCGACGGCGGGGGGGUGCCCUUCCGGUCCUUCGCCCCGGAGGCCGCGCCCCCGCCGCUUCGGCAGAACAAGAGGAUGGCCGGCCACGCCCAGCUCUUCUACGCUCCGGCGCCGCCCCCGACUGCUGCCCACAGCGCUCCCUGAGGGGGGAGGAAUCCUUUGAAGUCGGCCAUUUUGGCUCCGCUGGCUCAAUUUACUCCCAUUGCGCGCGCGACACAAGGCGCGGGACGUUCACGAAGGCCCCCGAGCACGUCCGGGCGAUCAGCGCUGGACUGU